UAGCUAGUGCAAUAAGACAAGAAAAAAAAAAAAAAGUUAUGAAGCUUAGAAAACACGAAACAAAUACGUUGUUCAGAAAAUUUUGUCUACAUAGAAUGCUCAUUGCUUUUUCUGCCUUUUUGUAAGUUCUUUAGCAAUACCUCUAGCCCUCUCCUAAGUUCAUGUGUCUGAGAUGUUGUGUAUACUCGAAACAAGGUGCUCUUUUUCCUGGGUUUAGCAUUGACCUUGCCCAGGUUGGUCUGACAGCUUGAGUUUUUGAAGUAGGAACCUUCUCAUUUCUCUGCAAAGCAACUAGCAAGCCUUUGCUAGUUCUCAGUACAGCUAUUUAGAUAGAAUUUGGAAACAUUUUCCCUGAGGACUUUCUUUAGACAACAGUAAAAUGUAGCUGGAGACAGACUGAGUAAAUGGAAAAGAAAAAUCUAAUUAGGCUAGGAAUUGCUUUUUAAUUUCCUAUUGUUCCCAAAGACCUCAAGAAGGACACCAUAAUUCUUUCUUCUCAUGUGAAUCAGGCAUAGAUACUUCCCCACUCAACUCCUCUGGGUCCACUAACCUGUAAGAGUUCUGGUUUUGAACCUAAUACCUGGCUGCAUUACUGGAUCAUAGCACUAAUUCAAAUAGCAGUGGCCUCUGAGUCAACUGUUCAUUACUUGGGAAUGUCAGGUUACCAGAAAGCAGCCUGAUGUUUACAUGCAUAUAGGCAUUGCCUUUGGGGAGCAGUUUUAAAGGUGAUCAAGUAGCAGCCCUGUGCUUAGCAUGCAGAAGAGCUGGUUUUUGUAUUGAACCUAUGUCUUGGAGCUGUGGGGAUAACACGUCCUACUAGGUCAUGUGAAAUUGGCAGCAAAGUCAACAGAACCUUAGAACAGAUGACACAGCAAGUGAAAGGGAGCUAGCUCAUCCCACAGCCUGCCGAGCAUGCAGCACUCCCUACCCCCUUUCAAGCAAGAGAACUCAGCUGGUGUUUGCCCUUCAGCCUCCCAUUCUGAUAUGGAAAUUUGUGCUUCAGCAGCUUUAGCCAUUAAAAUGAGGCUCAGAGUCUCUGGGCUCUGAAGUACAUGUGGGAAUAUCUGAGACCCAGUCCUGUUUCCUCCCAGGGAGUCAUUGCUACAGCUUAGUUUAUGCUAUCAAAGGUAGAGCUGUGACAACCUUGGUAUUUCCAGACCAAAACAGGAGCCAUUUGGAGAAAUUCAGAAGAUGCCUAAGAGGCUUUGUGUGCGCACGCGCACGUGUGGAUUUAAUAUGCCAGUGGUGCAGCUGUGACGUGAUUUUCUUUUCUUCCAAAUCCUCUGUGGGUGCAGAUGCUCAGGAUCCACGCACUGGACAGAGCUUCCUGAAGGGCAGGCACAGCAAAGGGGCUACUGGAGCUUUCUUUUCAGCACUUCUAUCUGUAAUUCAACAACUCAUGUUGGGAGACUUAUCCUUUGCAGUUUGGAACUGAGCCUUCCUAGUAUUCUGAGGGUUUCCUCUAUCUCUUCAGCUUAGUACAGGAUCCAGGCAGCUCUGCUGCAGCCUGGAAUCAAUUUCUUGUUUUAGAAAAGUGAUCGACUAUUUUGAGAGAUCAUGAAGUGACUCUUAGCCAUACUGUGGAUUUUUUUUUGUACUUCUUUUUUUAUGUAAGUUUAAAUUUUUUCUAUUUAAUUGCCAGCGAACUUAGGAACAGUCUAUUUCAGAGAUGACUUUUAAUUUCUGAGACUGGCAAGGGCAUACUAUUACAUGAGAGCAUCCCAGUAGAAUUCCAAAGUUACCAAGGAUUUUUCCAAGUACCUGCUAUGUUGCAAAUGCUCUGCGGGGAUGGCCUGAAGAACUGGAGCUUGACAUUUCUCUCAACAGAACUUGAGAGCAAUGGCUGAGAAGGAAAGAUGAGCAUCUAGGUGCUGCAUCAGGAAAUGUUUGAGGUUUGCCACCAUUGUCUGCUUUGGCUUUUUCCAUCCAAAUUUGGUGUUUUCAUGUGCUACCCAGCAGCUACAACAGGUCAGAUGUCGCUUAGGAAGACAAGGGAACCUAGUAAUAAACGGGUGAAGCCCCUUUCCAGAGUCACAUCACUAGCAAACCUCAUCCCACCGGUGAAAGCCACACCACUAAAGCGCUUCAGCCAAACCCUGCAGCGGUCCAUUAGCUUCCGCAGUGAGAGCCGCUCUGACAUCCUUGCCCCCCGACCCUGGACCCGAAAUGCCACCUCCUCAAGCACAAAGCGGAGAGACAGCAAGCUAUGGAGUGAGACCUUCGAUGUGUGUGUCAACCAGAUGCUUACAGCCAAGGAAAUCAAGCGUCAGGAGGCAAUCUUUGAGCUUUCUCAAGGAGAAGAAGACUUGAUAGAGGACUUGAAAUUAGCAAAAAAGGCCUAUCAUGACCCCAUGCUGAAACUCUCCAUCAUGACAGAACAGGAGUUGAAUCAAAUUUUUGGAACACUGGACUCUCUGAUUCCUCUACAUGAAGAGCUCCUUAGUCAGCUUCGAGAUGUUCGGAAGCCUGAUGGCUCAACUGAACAUGUUGGUCCCAUCCUCGUGGGCUGGCUCCCUUGUCUCAGCUCCUAUGACAGCUAUUGUAGUAAUCAAGUGGCCGCAAAAGCCCUGCUGGACCACAAAAAGCAAGACCAUAGGGUCCAGGACUUCCUUCAGCGAUGUUUAGAAUCCCCCUUCAGCCGCAAGCUGGAUCUCUGGAAUUUCCUUGAUAUUCCAAGAAGUCGUCUGGUGAAAUACCCUCUGCUUCUUCGAGAAAUCUUGCGGCACACACCAAAUGAUAAUCCGGAUCAGCAGCACUUGGAAGAAGCUAUAAAUAUCAUCCAGGGAAUUGUCGCAGAAAUUAACACCAAGACUGGGGAAUCUGAAUGUCGUUACUAUAAAGAGCGGCUUCUUUACUUGGAAGAAGGCCAAAAAGACUCCCUGAUUGAUUCUUCAAAGGUCCUGUGUUGUCAUGGUGAACUGAAGAACAACCGGGGUGUGAAACUACAUGUUUUCCUGUUCCAAGAAGUGCUUGUGAUCACUCGAGCUGUAACCCACAAUGAACAGCUCUGCUACCAGUUGUACCGGCAGCCAAUCCCUGUGAAGGACCUCCUGCUCGAAGACCUGCAGGACGGAGAAGUGAGACUGGGUGGCUCCCUACGAGGGGCUUUCAGCAACAAUGAGAGAAUUAAAAAUUUCUUCAGAGUCAGUUUCAAAAGUGGAUCCCAAAGUCAGACCCACUCACUACAAGCCAAUGACACCUUCAACAAACAACAGUGGCUCAACUGUAUCCGUCAAGCCAAAGAAACAGUGCUAUGUGCUGCCGGGCAGGCUGGGGGGCCUGACUCCGAGAGACCGUUCCUAAGUCCCACCACCGGAAGCAGGGAGCACCAAGGCGAAACAAAACUUGAGCAGAUGGACCAAUCAGGCAGUGAGUCAGACUGUAGUAUGGACACGAGUGAAGUCAGCCUUGACUGUGAACGAAUGGAACAGACAGACUCUUCCUGUGGGAACAGCAGGCCUGUGGAAAGCAAUGUCUGACAGAAGGGUGUGGCCUUCCUAGAAGUAGACCUGUGUCUUACCUGUACAGUAUUUGCAUUCCACACAUGGAAUAGUCUGGAGAAGCACUUUUUUAUCUUUUUGUGACUGUUGGCCUGGUCUCUUGUAUCUCUGUACCUUUGUCCCUAGUACUGUAAUUGCCAAUCCGUCUGUGUCAGCUGAAAUCAGAGGCAGCCAUUACCCUGUACUGUAUAUCAUAAGUGUCUGGAUGAAUGGAGAGGUACUGGAACAAGUUACUUUUCAGUUGUCCUGCUGGAUUUCUUCGAAGUAGAAAGAAUAGAAUCUCUAAACUGCUGUCUUUCAUAGAUCACUUGAAGAGCCCAUCUUCCAUUCUUCUCUCGUGUGUUCUAGUUCUUCGCAUGGCAGCCAAAUGCCUGGAAUGCAGAGAGCUUAGCAAACAUGGCAUCAGGAUGACAGUUCAGGGAGAGCUGGGAAUGUCCAGCCCUCCAAGUAAACUUGGCUCUGUGGUAUUCAACCAGAAAGCAUGAAGCAUCCCUGGUGAGUCUAAAGGUUUAAUUUUGCAAGACGGAAACAUUGAACCUUGGCAACUUCAUCCACUACAGGCUUGAUGCAGUAACCUAUGAGGACAGGAGAUAGACGCUUCCCUUAGAAGGGCCCAGAAAAAGCAGCUGCUGGCUCUAAAUCUUGAACUGAAGCACACAUGGCCUCAGGAGGUGUUGAGCAUGGUCAGUGCUAACCAUAGAGAGCUGUUUCUACUCUACAUCAUCUGGAGAGAGCCCGAGGGCCUGGGGAAGUGUGCCAGAAUAACAAGGAGGCCCUGUCUUCGAAUUUUUUUUGUUUCACUUGCCUAGGCCACUCAUUUUACAGUGUGGUGGAAACAACAGGAAAAGAGACUCUGACUGCACUAAUGACUCUGCUUACAAACAUAAGAAGCUGGGCAAGAUGGCACUUGAGAGGCAGAGGCAGAAGGAUCAAGAGUUCAAAGCUAGAGUGGUCUACAAAGCGAGAUCUUGUCUCAGAACAAUAAGCCGGUGUGGCUGGCUCAUGCUUGUAAUCACAGCUACUCAGAAAGCUGAGAUCUGGAGGAUCA